AUGGUACCAGACCCGGCCACCACAGCCCAGCUCUCGCCAAAACUCCCAAAGCCCAGCUCCAAGGCAGGCCCCGCUCACAAACUCUCAAGCCACCUUUUGAGAAAGAUUUGUGCACCACUCCAUAUUCUUGCGAAUCUCCACAAGCUCAGCCUCAAAAUUUCAACACUUUCUCACAUGCCCAACCCUAAGGACAAGCUCCUAAGAACCAGCUCAAACUCCCAAGUGACUUGUCAAACGGCAGGAGCUGUGAGGAUGUUUUCGAGAUUCCCACCUGGUGAACAACGAAAACAGUGCAAUAGACGUCAAAAAUUGAUCUAG